CUUCCUUUCCAAUUAUUCCUUGCAAAAGGAAAAUUGAUUUUCCUUGUUUCCGGAAAGGAAAAAUUAGCACUUACUUUGUAUUCAUUUGUGUGUAUAAAAAAAAUACUCAAUCACAGAGGGUAAUAUCAAUCAUUGUACUGUAACAGAAAAGGCGACUUAUUGACCAUGUUUCAGAGCAAAACGUUUGUGAUUUUGACUGGUGCAAGUAAAGGGUUUGGACAAGCUUUGGCCUGUUCGCUAGCUCGAGAAUUCUCCCAAAAUAUUCCUGGGAAAGAAUCUGUGCUGGUAUUGGUUGCCCGCUCUAAAAAAGGGCUUGAUGAAACCAGACGUAUGGUGGCAACGAUAUCUAGCGAUUUAAAUGGUUAGUAUACUUUUGGAAACAGCCAAGGACCCACCGAACAACAUCAGGGGAAGGGAGGGGGGGGGGGUAUUCUGUGAUGUGGCUCAGGUUCAUAAAUUUAGAUUUUGUGCAAUAUGCAUUGUUCCCUAAAAACCCGUAGCUAUUACAUGUGUAAACAAAAAGGUACCACUGCAGUUGAAAUCUAUCAACUUUUAAUUUGCUAUCAAGUCUUAUUGUAAUAUUAUAAGCCAAUCAUGAAUAUUUUCAGUCGUAAACACCAUAUUAACACCUUAUGCAUUCAAUAUAAUAUGGCUUUUAUGAAACACCCUCUUACUAAUUUUGACAGGAAAUAGUGUUUGUAAGUCAAUAUCAAUAUUGGCAUAUGUGAAAUUCUCUUGCAUAACAAUCUCACUCAUACAACAAUCAAAUUGUGUUUGUUUAGUUCAUGUCAUACCUGGAGACUUGUCAGAUGUGAGCAAUCUGGACAAAUUGACAUCAUCAAUAUUUGGAAUUGUGAGUCUAGUAAUGUUUAACCCAAUGAGUGACAGCACUCUCCCAUUGACGAGUAAUAUCAUCUGGCUCUAUGUUUAGAGUUAAUGCCAUUCCUUCAGUACGCAUUUACCCGAUAAUCUAACCAAAAUUUAUUUAAAACAGGUUGAUCCCAAGCAGUUCAGUUGUGCAGUUCUAAUAAAUAAUGCAGGUAGUCUCGGGGACAAGAUCAAAUCAAUACCGAACCAUACCGAUGUUGAUAAAAUACGCACGUACAUGGAUUUAAAUAUCACUUCAAGUUUUUACCUUACGUAAGUUGGUUUGCAUAAACUGG